AUGGCGUGCAAAGUACACAGAGUUCGCUAUUAUAAUCCAAAACCACAACCUAUUAACUGUGUUUCAUUUAACAAAACAAGUAAACAGAUUGCCGUAGCGAGAGGCGAUGCUUCCAUUGAGAUAUGGGACUUGAAUUAUGCUCCGUAUCUUGUCAAAUUCAUUCCUGGCGUGGAAAAUGGUUCAGUAGAGGCACUCGGCUGGGUAAAGGAUAGGUUACUUUCAACCGGGCUUGGAGGAGCUUUGAUAGAAUGGGAUUUACAAAAAUUGUGCUUGAAGACAACGGUCUUACUCACUGGUUAUGCAGCAUGGUGUCUGGAUGUGAAUCCUGAUAAUACAUUGGUAGCCGUUGGAACUGAACAAGGAUAUGUGAACCUCUAUGAUGUGGACAAUGAUGAAAUAAUAUACAGAAAAUUGUUUGAUAAACAAGAAGGGAGAAUACUUUGUUGUAAAUUUAACAAUACAGGGAAUGUAUUGGUAACAGGUUCAAUAAACACAAUAAGAGUGUGGAAUGUGGAUACUGGUCAUGCAAUAACCCGCAUGUCUGUGAGUCGCAGAGGUAGGGAAGUCAUAGUAUGGUGUCUAGAUAUACUAUCUGAUAACACCAUAGUGUCUGGAGACAGUUUGGGUAGACUUAUAUUUUGGGAUGGCACUCUUGGAGAUCAGAUUGAAUCAUACUCAACUCACAAAGCAGAUAUACUGUCAAUAGCUGUGUCUGAUGAUGAGAAGAGUCUGUUCUGCAGCGGAGUGGACCCGGUCAUAAUGAAUUUUAUCAAAGUCAAAAAGAACACAGGCAAGUUGACUGAAGCUCACUGGGUGAAGAAUGUACAGAGGAACAUCCAUGAACAUGAUGUCAGAGGACUCGUCAUCCAUGGCGAGAAAUUAAUAUCAGUUGGUGUUGAUGGGUAUCUCACAUUCUCCAGCUAUCCUCCAAAGUGGGUGAUGAGGUUACCACCCAUGAUACCUACACCGAGAUCAUCAAUAUGCAUUCAGAAGAAAUUAUUACUUUUAAGGUACAGCAACCACUUAGAGGUGUGGAAACUAGGGUCAUAUGCAACAAAUAACGAUGGCAAUGUAUUAAUAAGUAAUGUCAACACUACACUAGACAACAGUCAAAUAGAAAAUAAUGAUUUAGAGCAGGAUUCUACCAUUGAUGUCAUAAGUAAAGCCAAGGCUGAAAAUACACAGAAACAAACUUUAAAACUUACUGGAAAGCCCACGAAAUUAGUGUGUGUACAAAGUAAAGGGAAGAAACAGAUACAGUGCUGUGCCUUAUCACCCAGUGGGGAACUAGUUGUAUAUUCAACAGCUACCAACAUUAGAAUGCUCAAAUUGGAUGCUGAAGAUGAAGAACAAUCGAACAUAUCUUUGUCGAAAUUGUUGAUCAAUGGUUUGCCUGAAGGUGGAUGUGACUGCGUGGCGUUCACAGAAGACUCGAAUACAAUGGUGGUUCACAUAGCAGGCGCACUGCAUGUGUUACAAGUAGAUCUAGACGCUGGGGCAAGACCUGUUCAGAUUAUUAAUCUGGAAAAACAUCUUCAAGCAAAGUCAAUAUUACACCUGUAUGUUUCCAAGAAAAGUCCGAAGGGUGUCACAUACUUAGUUGUAGCGGAUACAGUGGGUUGUAUCUCUGUUUGGACACAAAACGCGGAGAAAUUUGAGUUCUAUGUCAGUUUACCGCAGUAUCAUUGCUUGCCUUCAGCCCUUACAGUCGACAGUCAAAGAGAAUACCUCAUUGUGACUUAUGUUGAUCAAAAGAUUGUAGAAUACGAGUUGCAAGAGAAGCGGUUCACGUCAUGGCCGGGUGCGGCGCUGCCUCCAGAAUGGUACUCGCGCAAGUCAGUCGUGUCAUCUAUCAGUGUGCAUCCAACGCGCAACUCUGUAUUGUUCCAAGAUGAAACGUCACUAUGGGUUAUGGAUAGAAAUGCACAGGACGCAGUAGAACCAGUUGCUAAAAGAAAAUCAAAACCUGGCAGCAAGAAUGUUGGACUUAGAAUCGUACCGAUUAAGUACCUGGCGGGUUUCCACUGGCUAGACAAAGACGAGGCUGUCACAUUGGAAGUGUUACCAGAAAAUAUAGUAUCGCAACUGCCGCCUAUCGCUGCUACCAAGAGACAUGGACAUAUAUAA